GUUUAGAUUUAGUUUAGGAAAACGACAAAAAUACCAUAGUAAGAAAAUAGAUUUUGCAGUGAAUAUGUCGACAUUUGCAUAUCUGUCUGUUUGUCAGUCUGUCAAUCAUUCCCAUCACGCGUGUAUCCCAUGAUCAUUCUCAACCAUCGUCUAUCAUUCCAUUCCACCUGGUCACGCAUCCAUCAAUCCACCUGGAAUGCUUCCAUGUUCCCAUUCGAGCUUCAGUUCGCUUAGAAGGAUAGUCAGGGAUCGAAAUGAAUAAGAGAAAGAGAGAAAAGUCAUGUUCCCCUCUGUAGUGCCUCUCAGUGCUGUGAGGAAAAUGAACAUCUACAAGGUGCGCUCCACCACCAUGAAUGUGAGAUGGGACGCGGCCAAAGGGGCCACAGGCUACAUGCUUCUCUACAAUGCACUAAACGCCACUGAACCCUCUGAAGAGCAGGAGAUGCGUGUGAAAGGAACAGUUACUGAUGUCCAGCUGAAGAAACUUCGUCCCAACACGGCCUACAGCGUUUCCCUCUUCGCCCUGUACGGCGAUUACGCCAGUGACCCUCUCACUGAUCAGGGGGUGACCCGUAGGUGGCGCUAGGGCUUUCUUCCUCUCAGCAGGGAUGUUUGGCAGACUUUCACAUUCUCAUCAUUUGUUUGUCUGUUUUUUUUGUUGUUGAAUCUCUCCCAUC